AUGGCAAAGCGCAUCAGAACAGACGAAGGGAGUCAGAGUCAGACCUCAGCCCUGGCGGAUGAGGGUGCAUGGAGAAUUUUAGAAGAGUUCCUUACCACCGACAUGACGUACUCUCAGAUGGAGGAAGCCUUUCUAUCGUACCUCGGUAAUCAAUAUUCUGAAGACGACUGGAAGGAAUCACGAGAUGCGCUGUUCUCCGGUGACAGUGAUGACAAUGUCAUCUUGGAAAACCUUCGCAUUCAACUGAAGUUAAAAAAUCCCUACCUUGAUCUGGAUGCAGAAGAAGAUGACGAGGAGGAGCAGGAAAAGGAGGAGCAGGAGCAGGAAGAAGAUGACAACGGCCCAUCUGAGUCAUGGAAGGUUUCAUGCUUGCCAGGAUCAUCAUUGGCCAAUAAGUUCACCGCAGUCAUCAAUGACCUCUCGAAUAGAUUCAAGGAUACACAGCAGAACUCAUCGCGAGAUCACCAGCGUCUUCCCUCCUCAAUAUCUGGCUUGAUCACUUCGACUUCAGCUCGAUUGCAAGACAGGAGGAUGUAUCUCCUUCAUGUCAACCGAAAUGUCACAGACUAUAUUGCUCAACACCUUCGGAAGAAGAACUUUCGCGUUACAGUGUCAGCUUGGCUAGCAGGCCAGCUUUACGUGGUGGCGGACAGCCCAAAAACCAUCGCCAAAUCCCUUUCUUUAUCACUGUACCUCACCGUGAAAAAAUAUGUCUAUAUACCGGAUGAAGAAUGUGAAGUGGUCGAGUGGUCUUGCGCAACAUUUCCCAACCCAGCAUGGGUGAGGUUCAAGCAUGACAAGUACAAGGGUGACAUAGCCCAAGUCUUCAAUUCUGACUUACCAAACAAUUUUUUCGCGGUCUUAGUUCCCCCACAGGAGUUCCCCUAUCCCAUGCCUCGGGGAUCUCAGUCACUACUUGACCGAUCCCGCCUUCCGAACGGGGACACAGUCUCCAACAUUAAUUGCAGUGAGGAAGUUGUAGGAUGCAAGUACAAAGGAGAAAGAUACUAUAUGGGCCUCCUACUUAAAAGUGUUCAUCGUGAUCGCCUAGAACGUGUUGUCUGCCCUCAUGCUGACGACAUUCAACUCCACCUACAAUCUGGGUGGGGCCAGUCCUUUCUCAAGUCAACUGUAGUUGCGUUUGCCAUGCAGUUCUUGCGUGUAGGCAAUUGGGCCAGGAUUCUCAAAGGAGACCUUAGUUCAGAAAUCAGUCUGGAAAUAGACAUCCAAUUAGAGGACAUAGAGCGCGUGUUUUGGGUCGGCAACACAGUUCAAGUGGUAGCAGGUCCAUACUUAGGUGUGGAAGGGCACAUCAUUCAAAUGGUAGAUGAUAUAUUUCAUCUUUGUCAGGACAUCUCGAAGGAAGAGUUGGAAGUUUCCAAGUACUACCUAGAUCAUCGCCCUCUGAGUCACACGCUGCAAGCACAGCUGCCAACUCAGCAACCUUUAAACCCUCUCCCUAAUAUUGAAUCCAUUCAAAUUGGGGAUUCCAUAGAUGUGCUUGUGGGGGAGCACAUGGGGAAAUCUGGCAUCGUGCACUGGCUCUCCAAGGGAGGGAAUUAUCUGUGGUUCCAGGAUGGAUUGUUGAAUAUCCCAGUUCCUGUUGCAGUUGUUCAGCGGAUCCCCAACCUCCAGACACUGCAGUAUAUGCAAGACAGGGGUUAUGAUGUCAAGCCUGGAGAUGUUGUGAGAGUUGCCUGUGGGCCAGAGUAUCUGACAAAAGGGGUCGUGCAAAGCAUUGACUUUCCAAACACUUGCUUGACCCUACUCUCUGAGAUUGACCACUCGCUAGUUGACAUUCCCAUCAGAUUCGUGAUCAAAGUACACAAUGCCAACUUGGAUGUGUUCAAAAAGGACAUUGGCCAAGAAGUUUUCAUUAUUGGGGGUGACCACAAGGGCUACCGAGCCACGCUGUACAGUUUCACCUCCAAGAAUUGUACCAUUGCCGUGCAUGGGCAGCAGCACACCACAAUCCAACUCAAGGAUGUUGCUACCAGGUAUGGAAUGAGGUUGAACGAUCCUAGCAUGUCAUCAUCCACCUGGACCGCCUGGACCACCAGCCCUGAGGGUCCUUCGUCUAGCCUCAAUCCCUCACAGACAGCCAAACCUGACCCCUGGACUGUCAACAUGCUGGAUAACAUUGAUGCUAGCAUGGAGGAACCCAAAGAGAGCCCGUUAGCUUGGUUGAUGAACAAGGAGUUUUCUUCCAAAUUCACUACUUUUCACGCAAUGUUGAAAGUCUCACCCUCAUUCAUGGGAGGCAGGCUACACAACCGAUUUGUGUCAAUGGCUUGUCCUGACCCCUUCCUCGGUCUGAAUGGACCUGCCCCCGAGGGUUAUGUUGCAGUGUUCUGCUCAUCAAAUGGUGCAGGCGCUGCGAUUCAGCACUAUCAUAUACCUGCCACAGAUCUGAGCGCAGCUCCCCCACACAAAAAAAACCAACAGUGUAUUGUUCUGCACGGAAGUCAUUGCGGUUCUAUCUCCAAUGUAGUUAAGUGUCACCUCAAGAAGAACACUGUAGACAUCGCAAUUACUCCGUCAACAUUUAUCAAUUUGCAUUUUGAUCAGAUUUGUCUUGUAGAGCAGUCACACAUGACUAUGUAA